UGUUUCCCGAACGCAGCCUAAUUGGAAAUUAUAACCUGAAAUCGGACAAUUUCCACACAUGUAUAAACACCAACGAUGCGUUAGAAAAUAAUCACAUAUUAAUUGUAAGUGCACGACUGUUGAUGACUGCAUCUUUUUCUAUGAUUACACGAAUUUCGGCCAUUUCACAUCAAUUGCGCGUUUACUGCGCGCAACAUCUCAACAAUAGAAUCAAUAAACAUUAAAAGCAUACAGUUUGGUUUAAAUAAGGAAAUUGUGUCUAACAGUUGUAUAUUAACAUACAACAAUGAAGUGUCACUACGAAGUAUUAGGAGUUGAAAGAAACGCUUCUGACAUUGAUAUAAAAAAGGCAUACAGGAAGUUAGCAUUAAAAUGGCAUCCAGAUAAAAAUCUUGAUAAUCCAAAUGAAGCAAAGGAACAGUUUCAAAUUGUCCAACAAGCAUGGGAGAUACUGAGCGAUCCCCAUGAGCGUACCUGGUACGACAAUCAUCGAGAAGCCAUCCUGAAGGGUGGUAUUGGAGAAGAUUACAAGGACGACUCUAUCAAUCUUUUCCCAUACUUCUCCGCUACAUGCUUCAAGGGUUAUAGAGACGAUGAGACAGGUUUCUACGCCGUUUACCGAAACGUCUUCGAAAAAUUAGCCGCAGAGGACGCCGAAUUUACUAAAGACAACGAAUCCAAUGACGAGGUCCCUGGCUUUGGCGAUUCUCUGAGCUCCUAUGAGGAUGUAGUGCACGAUUUCUACGCCUACUGGCAAAGUUACAGUACCAAGAGAUCCUAUGCUUGGUUGGACCCAUACGAUAUACGUGAGAUGCCGAACCGGCGUAUCUUCAGGCUCGCCGAAAAAGAGAACAAAAAAGUACGCGAGAAGGCGAGACGCGAAAGAAAUGAGCAAGUGCGCAAUCUGGUCGCCUUCGUCCGUAAACGUGACAAACGAGUGCAAGCUUAUGCGGAGAAGCUGGCCGAACGUGCUCGCGAGAACUUUCGCAAGGCAGAAGAGCGCAGGAAGGCGCAUUUGUUGGAGAGGCAGAAACUGUUGCGCGAUCACAACGAAUCCGAGUGGUCCAAGUUCUCGAAUAUCGAGGCGGAACUGGAGAACAUCGAGGCGAAUCUGACAGCAGAAUUUGGAAUGGACAAUAAGGAAGCAGCCACAGAGAACGACAACACACUUUAUUGCAUCGCCUGCAAUAAAAUUUUCAAAACGCACAAAGCCUUUACGAACCAUGAGAACUCGAGAAAGCAUAAAGAAAAUGUCAGCAUGCUCAAGCACCUCACAAUAGAUGAUAACGAGGACCUCCGUGACAGUUCUCGUGAAAGAGAUUCAAGCACAGAAUCAACUUCUCUAAAUAGGCCCAAGUUAGCAACAAACUCGCAAAUGCCCGAUUUCUUACUGAAUCCUCAGAGUGAUAUGAGACGACCAGAUGAUGAGAAUAAUGGAGAUACCUCUUCAGCCGAACUAAUGUCAGAUGAUGAAAAAGAUUCAGGAUCGGCAAGCGAAAAAAGAAAGAUGGGUGACGGAGAUGUUCCAUUAGCUACAGAACCACAAAUGGGCGAAAGCAUUUCAUUCUCAUCUAAGAUAGAAAAUGAGGACGAUAACGUAACAUCCGAAGACGAAUUAAUAUCUGAUCAGGAGAAAGAAAUCCCAUUGUCGUAUCGUCAGAAAAAAAAGAAGAAAAAGCGGAAUAUUCUGAAUCUACAUUCUAUGAUAGACCAUGAUGCUAGUGACGAGGAUACAGAGAGUACUAAUGAAGAAAUAUGGCUAUCGAAAAAACAACGCAAAAGAUUACAGCAGAAGAAGGUAGCAAUGAGUAAGGUACAAAAUAAUGAGGAGACACACAGUAAGGAGAAACAACAAGCAAAGUGCGAAAGCGAACUAGCAGAAGAGGCAGAUAUUGUUAACGAAAGGUUGAAAGCCAAUAAAAUAAAGAAAGCAUGCAAAAAAGAGGAACGAGAGAAUAAAAGUAAAAAUAAAAAAGAUCCAGUCAUAAAUGUUGAUGAUCUGACUCAUUGCUGUGUUUCUUGCUCAUUGGAGUUUCCUAGCAAAAACAAAUUAUUUGAACAUUUAAAGAAAACUGGACAUUCUGUAUAUAUACCAGAAUUGAUGAGAAAUAAAAAGGAUCAGCAAAAAAAAGAAAAGACAAUGUCGAAAGGAAAAGACACUUCGGAAAGGAAGAGACGUUAAACUUAACGGAGUAAAUUUCGCGCGCAAAUUGUUAAUUAUUUAAAUUGCAGUCUAAUUUAUUAUAAUUCUUGUGACAGUCGUUUAUGCAAGAUAUAUGUCCUAAUACAUCAUAAGAAUCGUAUUCUUUAUGUAUAUAUUGUACAAAGUAUAAAAAUAUUAAAAUAUUGUAGUUCGAAUUAUGUUUGAUGAUGUCGAGCUAUUAUAUCUAGUUUCUUUGCGACAAUUAUAUUGAUUUGGAAAUGGAAAUUAACAAUCAUAAAUAUGCUGUUAAUGUGCUUUAACAGGAGCAACAAAAAUUAAAAUUAUAAUACAUGUCACCAUAUUAUAAACCACAAAUGGUUUUAUAAUAAAUUAUUAUAUUCAUCAAUAAAUACAAUAUCUUAUUAAAA